AUGGUUGAGUUCGUAAAAGAAUUGGCUGACUUCAAAGCGUUAGAUAUUGCGCAAAGUAAUGUAUAUAUUAGCAAUUUAAUGGAAUAUAAAAACUCUCGCUGCGACUACAAUCGUGCAUUGAGAAAAAGGUUAACCGAUAAUGCUUGGGCAGAAUUAGUUGAUCAUGGAUUAAAAUAUUCACAUGCUUUUGAGAAACAACUACUACAUUUAACGUCUGAUCAAAAAAUGUUUUUACGACAAACGAUCUAUCAUAGAAUGAAUUCUUUUCGAGUAACUGCGAAAAAAAUACAAAAUGCAUGGAAAAAAGAAGUAGGAAACUUACAAGAACAGAUAAAGUCCUUGAAUGAAGAAAAUUCACAACAACAAGCGGCUCUUGGAAAUGUAAUAAAUGUAUCUUGGGAUGAUGAUGAUUCCAACAGUACAUCAAGAUUAAUUUCUGACAUUGAAGAAUUACAGGAUAUGCUCACAGAUUUUACAAUGGUUCAAGGAAGUGAUUUUAAAGUUAAUAAAGAUUCAGCAACAAAUAUUUUAAAGGUUUAUAACUGUCAAACGAAAUAUCCAAGUACGGAUGGGGAUCUCGUAUUAGGAGCGAUACUUCAACGUUGCACGAUCACAACAAUUUUGAAUGAGGUAUAUUAUCAUAUACAAAGGGCACAUUCUGACGACAUUGAUCUUCUAGAAAGUGAUAUUGUAAACGCAACCGAUAGUUUAAUUAGAUACACUGAAUUAUUUAGAGAGCAUCGUAAAGGAAGUGAUAAUAUAACUAAAGUUACACCCAUCAAAGUUCGUCAACAUGUUUAUUCAGCACUUGGCUGUCGCGGUUUUUCCGAUGAUGAAGAUCCUUUAAUUAAGAGAACGGCAAAUAAAUUGUUGGAUGAAAUGAAACAAUUUAGGCAAAUAACGGAUAAAGAAACUAGCGAUGAAUUUAACGAUCUAGCUUUUAAAAUUAGUCGUGAAGUUAUUAAUAUCUUUUGCUUUCGUUUAAAAACACAAGUCGUUGAACUGCAACAUAAAUUUUACCAAGAUGGUCAAGCCAUAGAAGUUCGUUUUAUGCAAGGAAGUUUUGGCCUUGAUGAAGUUAAAAAAUUGGAAGUGGAAAUUUGUGGAUUUCCUUGCAUCGGUGUGUUCGAUGGUGAUCAGAAAGUUUGUACGAAGGCUCAAGUCAUUGCAAGAUAA